CCUGCCUUCUUGCAUGUUCUGGGUCGGGAUUCCCCUCGACCUUCUCCAAUCCGGGCCUGGAGUCCACACCUCAGCUCUACAAUGAGAACCAGAGCCUUCAGGCUCAGCUGGGUCACGUUUCCAGAGAGCACUCCCAGGAAACAGAAUGCCUGAGGGAGGCUCUGUUGACCUCUCAAUCCCGGCUUCAAGAACUGGAGAUGGAGCUGGAGCACCAGAAGGUGGAACGGCAGCAGCUUUUGGAAGACUUGAAGGAGAAGCAGCAGGAGAUCUUGCAUUUCCAGGAGGAACGACUGUCUCUCCAGGAGAAAGACUCCAGGCUGCAGCAUAAGCUGGCCCUCUUGCAGCAACAGUGUGAAGAGAAACACCAGCUCUUCCAGUCCCUCCAGUCAGAGCUACAGAUCUACGAGGCACUUUAUGGAAAUUCCAAGAAGGGGCUGAAAGCUUACACCUGGGAUGCCUGUCACCAAUCACUUUAAGCAGUGACUUGAGCCACCUGGUGGCAGAGAUCCGAGCUUUGAGAGGCCAGCUGGAGCAGAGCAUUCAGGGAAACAACUGCCUGUGACUGCAGCUUGAACAGCAGUUGGAUGGUGGCUGGCUCCAGGAAAGCCAGCCUCAGCCUCUCCUCCGUCAACCAGAACUUCCCUGCCAACACUGACUCUGGAAGCAAGCAGCCACUCUUCCAAGAUUCAGUUGCCUCCCCUCCAGUUCGGGAUGUGGGCAUGAAUUCUCCAGCUCUGGUCUUCCCCAGCUCUUCUUCUGCUCCUCCUGGCUCAGAGACCACAACCUUCAAUAGGACAAAUGAGCUGGGUUUGGAUGCUUCUCCAGUGAAGAAGAACCCUCACCCUCCCAAGCUGGAAGGUGAUGCUACUGACGGCUGCUUUGCCAAUAAGCAUGGCCGCCAUGUCAUUGGACACAUUGAUGACUACAGUGCCCUAAGACAGCAGAUUGAGGAGAGCAGACUGCUGGUCAAGAAGAUAGCAUCUCUCAUGAGAUCAACCUGCAACUUUCCUGGCCUUGAAGCUCCAGGCCCAGAGGAGAUGGGCAGCAAAGGUGUCCAUGAGCUCCUGAGCAGCACCAACACUCUGCACCAGCGGCUGGAGGAGUCGACCUCCCUCCUCACCAUGUUCUGGCGAGCAGCCUUGCCAAGCUCCCAAGGCCCUGCACUGGCUGGCAAAGUGGGAGAGUCCGUGAAAAGGGAGCUUCUGGAACUGAAAACCAAACUAUCCAAACAGGAGAGUCUACUUCAAAGCACGACCGAGCGUCUAAAGACUGCCAACCAGCAGAAGGAGAGCAUGGAGCAGUUCAUCUUCAGCCAGUUGACCAGGACUCAUGAUGUUUUGAAGAAGGCAAGGACUAACUUGGAGAAGAACACUUACAAGAUUGCCUCCAUAAAGCCUUAUUCCUGUCCCAGCAAAGGUGAAAUCCCUAAGGGCUCUGCCAUGCACUCCAGUCCCGUGACCCUUGCCUUUCAGGAGCCAUACAAGACUCGAAGCCACUCAAAACAGCAGGAAGGAUGGGCCUGCCCGCCUUUUGCACAGCUCCCUGUCUGCUGAGGAGGACCAGGGUCCCCUCCUCUACACCUGAUGAAAGAAGUCAGAGAUGUAGCCUGGUGGGGCAGGGCGAAAGGCAGAGGGCCUUCCCUGUACUUGUGGCAUAACUAGCCGCAGUUGCGGAAUAACCUGGCCCACUUGGCCCAGCGCUAAGCAAAACAUGCAUAGCUUGUAGAGGACCUCGUGACACUGCUUCUGAACACGCCUAAGGCAUGGGAACCAGCAACAGCACAUUUCUCACCUCAGCACCCAUCCUCAGCAGGUCAACUCGGGGGGAGGAGGGCCUGCCUCCUAGGAAUGGGACAUGAGGUCCCGACACUGGAGCUCCUGGGCAGAUCUAAAAGCACAGGACUGAGCAGCAGUGCCCUGCUGGACAGUGUGGCCUGGGCCCUACGACCUAACUGGGGGCCAGCACAGCUGAGUCACAAUCAGGCUGGGCAUCAGUCUACACUGCAGCACCUGAGUUAUUUGAAUCCAUGUGGUGAGAGGUGACUCCGAGAUGCCAUCUCAUGCUCAGCCUGUACCUCCUGUUUCUAUUCCUUCGUGAUCUCCAAAAAAGUGUUCUGACCUCACUCUGAAGAUACUGUCCCAUUUUGUCCUCCUACCUUCUCUCUGGAACUGGGGACUGAUGGCCACACCAAGCCCACUGAAAGUCUUGUGUAAAGCAAACCAGUGAUCAUUUUAAGUGAUAUAUCUGAGGGCCCCAAUUGUGCUAAAGCAUAGUCUGUACCUUUACAGUGCUUUAGAAUGUCUGUAUGUGUGUAUAAAUGUGUCAUACAUAUUUAUAUAUGUUGCUAUAGCAGUAUGUGUAUAAGCUAACAUAACUGGUGGACAGGGUCAGGGAGAGAAAAUGAAAACGUCUUGUUGGGGGCUAUUAAAGGAAAAUAUGUAUACAGAAAUAAAAUUUCUUUGC